UUAUUAUCAACAUUUCAAACAUCAGAUGUCAUUAUUUAUUUAAUUUAAUGGGAUAGGUUUUUAUAAUAAUUAUAAUUUAUGUUUUAUUCAUCUAUUAUUAUUCAGAAAAUUAUGACAGUAUCAGACCAAAAAAUUUCAAUUAUUUCGUUGUAAAAUUGCUAUGAAUUUUUUGACGAAGUUAAGUUACUGGGGAGUGCAAGCGAUGAAGACUGUGAAGUAUGUCAGAAUGGGCAGCAAGACGAUGUCCAAUUGGUUUCCCGGGUACAAGCCUUUUGAAGACAAGCUGAUACAAUCCGGGUAUAAAAAGGCCCAAGCUAAAGUUGACGAAGCCAGAGACGCCCUUGAUUGCGUUGUUCCUGAUGUUGAAGUCAUCAAAGCGCUGCCUGAUCCCCCAGCAUUGAUUUACCAGAAGCCAUGGAAGAAAACUAAGGCAAAGUCUGAAAAAGAUAUAUUGCAGCAUUUAAAGACGUUCUUCACUGACGAAUUGACUUAUCACAAGUCUUUACAGAAGAUCAACAAAAAAGCAUCGAAGAGAAUUAAAAAAUUACUUCGGAAAAUGUGAUUAAAAUGAUUUUUACUCUCAA